AGAGCUGGGUCAGGCUGAGCGGACAAGCGGACGGAGUUUAUUUCUCUCGUGGAUCCCUCAGCCCCAACUCCCUCCUUUACCUACACGACGUGGAAGACCCGCCAAGACACCUUUUGGGGACAAAAUAGCGUCACCUUUGAAUGAGACACUUGGCGGGCGUUUUUUAAGUGCAAACUUGCCGCAAACUUUUUCAUUCAAAUCGGGUGCACAUUUGAUCGGGGGGGUGAAAAGCGUCAAGAAUAUGGAGCGAAUCCCAAGCGCACAACCUCCUCCUCUGGCCAAGGCUGAUCUCACAGACAUGCACGGCAUGGAUUUUCCCAUGUACGCGUAUAAACCAAGGCGAGGAAUGAAGAGAGGAGAAGAGAGCAAGGAGACCUACAAGUUGCCUCAUAGACUCAUUGAGAAAAAGCGACGUGAUCGGAUAAACGAAUGCAUUGCUCAGUUAAAAGAUCUAUUGCCAGAGCACCUGAAACUUACGACUUUGGGACAUUUGGAAAAGGCUGUGGUUUUGGAGCUCACACUCAAGCAUGUGAAGACCCUCAGUACACUACUGGAGCAGCAGCAGCAGAAGAUUCUUGCCCUGCAGAGUGGCAUGCAUAUUGAGCAACCUAUUGUGAACCAAGAGAAGAACGAAGAGAUGUUCCGCUCUGGUUUCCACAUGUGCGCCAAGGAGAUUCUUCAGUAUCUCGCCAGUCGUGAGAGCGACGGCGACUUCGCCCCGUCACAUGUCAUCAAUCACCUUCACAAGUUAGCCGCUGACGUGCUCCAAAGUCCAAAGCGACCCCGCACUCCCCUCAGCCCCCCGCCUGAGGAAAUCCCCACCUACAGCCAGCACCAAACCCACAAGGAGACACCGACCAGUUUACCCCCUAAACCCAGCGAGGGCUACGGGAGAGUGCCGGUCAUCCAGCGGGCACACGCUCCACCCAGUGGAGAGCAGAGCGGCAGUGACACUGAUACAGACAGCGGCUACGGAGGAGAACUGGAGAAGAAUGAAUGCGGUGCCCGAGAGAGGCAUCCUAAUUACUACGGCCAGGAGGGCAAGCUGAUGAAACGUAGCGCAGCUGAGAGGCAGAGCACCGACGUCAAGCGGGAAGACGACGAGCCGAGGCACAAACGAGCCCGGGCGGAGUCGUCCGAAGAUGAAAUGCUCUCAGGUGGCGAAUCCUCAGCCUCUUCCUCCAGUGGUUAUGGCAGCUAUAUGAGCGUCUCUCCCAACCAUCCGCCACCACCCCCGCAUCCUCUCUGCAUGCCCUUCUACCUCAUUCCCCCUUCAGCCGCCGCCACCUACCUGCCUAUGCUAGAGAAAUGCUGGUACCCGGGUGCCAUGCCUAUGCUGUACCCUGGCAUGGGCGGCUCUGCCACAGCCAUCCCCAGCGAGAGACCACCGCAGAUGGUCAUGUCUCCAAGGGGAGGCUCUCCAGCUCCAGCCAUGUCUCAGACACCCAUGGACUCACCAGCCCUUCUACAGGCACUAAAGCAGGUACCCCCCAUCAACCUGGAAACCAAAGACUGAGAGAACACGGCCGCUGAGUUGUUACAUUAGGAGAGAGAACAUGACUGAGCCGUCCUGUAAUCCAUCACGUCGUUUCUCUACUUUGUUCCUCAUCCUGGAAUUCAUGUGGCAAUCAAAAAGACGAGAAAGUGGUGGAAAAGUGCUCAUUUUCUGUUCGUCCACGCGUGGAUAAUGGAAAUGGCUGAAUGUUAGUGCAAAUGGACCUUACACGCGCGCACACUUGAUUGAAUGUAAAGAAAGACAUGUUUCAGAUGCUGCUGUUUGAGUCAAAAACGCUGACAACACUGGCGCAUUUCACUUGUAGCUUUUGUGGUAGAGACAUGCGGUUUUUAUGUACUAGAAAAUCGUCGCACCAAAUUUGAAAAGAUUUCACCCAAAGUUUGUCGCCUAUUGUCUGUCACCGCCACCGUUAUCGCUUAAAGUCUCGACACCGUGAUGACCGCACUGAAUGCCAAGUCAUUCAUUCACAGUCGCUCUGGAUUUUAAUGUAAUUAUUGUGAAUAGACUUCUUGUACAUUUCUAUUUUUGAUACCUGCUCACAUACUCUCGUCCACAGAGCUAGGAGGAAGGACGGAGUGUGUGAAGUGUGGCGUACUCAGAGUGUGUACAUACUGUAGCAGAGUGCUGGACCUGGUCUGCAUACUCAACAUGUUUCUGCUCAAGUCAAACCUGGCGUUUGUUCUUGCUGUUGCCUUUUUACUUGUGAAAAGCUGAGAAGUCUCAGAUGUUUAUUCUCUGUAACUCUUAUGAAUCCCAGAACGUGGUGAGGGGAAGAAAAGUGAAUGUAAACGUUUUACCAGAAGAUUAGUUUUCUAAUAGAGAGAGGUACUUGAGAUUUUAUAUUUUGGGACCUACAUGAAAGAUGAUUGCUGUUUGUACAUAUUUUGUCUAUAACUGUUCAUAUACAGUAUGUAAGUGUAAUAAAGUAUUUUUU